AUGCCCCUUUCGAUAGUCGUGCCCGACCCGGCGUUCCACCCGUCCGACACCGACCUCGACGCCCUCUACAUCAACCUAUCCACCACUUCCAAGCGAAACACGCUUUUUUCCGGUGAAACCAUCGAAGGAUACGUUUUACACCGUUCCACGAUAUCCCCAGCCCCUAAGAACGUGCAAGUCUCUUACAGUUUCGAAAACCACGCCGAAACAGGCCUCAAACCGGUCAAUCUGGACGCUGACGAGGUUACAGAGGUCAGAGCGGAAUUGGUCGCCCAGGGAACGUCAGAGAUUGAAACCAAGGCUGAAAACGUGGCCAUGUGGCGGUUUAGUGCUGUGGUGGUGAGUCCCAGGCUGAAAUUGGGCAAAGCGGUGACGUUUCAGGCUCUGAUGAUUGAUGCGUGUGUUCCAGCGAAUGGAGGUAUUUCUGGACCGAAUGGAGGUGGCGAUGGCGCCAAUGGCGAGCUGGAGACGUUGGAAGAGGCGAAGGAAGCGUACGGCCCGAAAACGGUCACGGCCAGUGAAACGCUUCCUGUUCAGUUGGCACUUAUGAUGAAACUUAAAUCUACGAAACCUGGCGGAAGGAACGAUAUUCUUCUUAGUUCGUUGAGCAUUGAGGCUUCGGAAGAUUUGCUUGGGUUUGCCGCUGAAAAACGGUACGCAAAUUUACUGUUUUCGAUAUUGAGUCUUUCGGUCGACUUGCCUUCUGGAAAAGUGACAAAACUCUCUUGUAUGGAUCUUCCAGCACGGUUUGGUAUCCACGACGUCACGUCCAUCACUUAUAGACUCGUGAAUAACGUGGAAAACCAGUUAAAAAACGAACAGCCCGAAACGACCCAGCCUUUCUAUAUCACCCUUGAAUUCCAAUUGGAAAACCUCAAUGGCUCCGUUUAUGAACAAAUUGGGUCGAAAAUUCUGAGUUCAUGGACUCCCAUUCUUGAUUUUGGACUCAUGGCGCCGCCCAUCAGCAACUCACUCAAGUCAUCUUCAAACAUUUCCCAUUCCCAAAUGCAACUGCAGUUUCAAACGCCCCAAAGACUGCGUUCGUCGCAAAGUCUUCAUAAAAAAGCAUACCUCAGCACGCCCACGUUCAAUUCGUCGCCCAACGUGCCGUAUAUCAACGCUCCUGGAACUCCCACGUCCAAACUGACAUUUGCCAUUCCACAACGAGUGAAACUGCCAAACCCAGCGCCAGGCAGAACCCAACUGGCAAAUGCACUUACACAAGUCGGCCAGAGCCAGCCAGUGAUGGGCAAAUCAGCAGCCAAACGUAAUUUCCGUUCGCUUCUAUCUCAGCAACCUCCCAUGUCUUCGUCAGCUGUAACUGUCAACCUUACAACUACAAAUAACACAUCGCUUUCAGGCUUACGACUUACGUUUCUCGGCAAACUCGACGUGGAACUCGGCAAAAUAGCUACCCUCAGCAUUCAGGCGAUCAACCUUUCCCAGCGAACGCUCCACCUUUCGUUGAUUGUGAAAAACCCACUCAAAUUCAAUCCUGUUUACUCCACCAACUACGGCGCCACCAGCAGUGUCUCGCUGUCGAACGUUCUCAGCGUGAAAGAGACGAAUCUGCUGAAAGUGCUUGUUCAUAAUCGUCAGCUGCUUUAUAACCAGUACCAUCAAAAUAAGCUCGAAACGUGUGGAGUGAUUAUGUUGACGAACGAUGUUCGGCUCGGACCAGUGGAACCCAACGCUGUUUUCGAAUCUGAAUUUGACAUUAUUGGUAUUUCCAAAGGAGUUUUCAGUCUUCAGGGACUUAAGAUUUUUGAUAUUUCUACGGGAGACGGCAUCGAUUUCGGCAAGCUCAUGGAGGUUUUUGUAAUAUAA